AUGGGCUGCAGCGAGCCUGUCGCCAGGAAUUUCUUGAAGUACAAGAAGUUCGGGAUCGGACCCUUGGCCGAUUUCGAAGCGGACCGCAUGAGACACUCUCAGCGCUCGCUGCGGGAUCGGAAUGUGCGAGAUGAGCGCGUCCAACGUGAUGCAGACGAUGCCGCAGAGGGCAGCGGCAACGUCGUGGAAAAGAUGCGAAGGGUUCGAGACCUGGAGACGCGGCUCCGAGAGCAAAAGGAGAAGGAGGAACAGCUGGAGCAGGAGAUGCUGGAGGAGAUGAAGAAGAAGAAGCAGAAGAAGCGGGCCGGCCUUGCUCCUUUGGGACCAGUGAUGGCGCGCGAGGAGGUGGUGGAUCCGCUGCAAAAGGUGGCCGGACUAACUCCGCCAGAGCCGGAGCCACAAAUCGAGGCUCCGGAACCGGAGAGGGAAAGGGCCCCGGCACCCCUACCACAGGAGCAGGCAGCGGAGCCAGAGCCUCUCAGUCAAAGCGGACAGUGGCAGAGCCUGCCGCGGCAUUCACCUGCACGGCCUGCUGCGCCCAACACAGAUUGGCGAAGAGAGGAGGAGGACAAAAAGAAGAAGAAGGCUCAGGAGCAGGCCCAGCAGAAGCACCACAAGAAGAAAAAGAAGCGCAGACGAGGGGAUGAUGAGGAGGAAAAGUCUGAGGAGUCGGAGAAGCAUCCGCGUAAGAGGCAGCGCUCCCGGUCCUGGUCUGUACCCGUGGAAGAGGAGGCAGCUCGCAAGGCAUCAAGCAGUUCAGGACUCAUGACCGAGAAAGAGGUUCUAGCCAUGAUGGGCAAGGAAAAGGCCAAGGAGAAGCCACAGCGCGGAUCAGUGCAGGCCAAACUGCGCAUCCAGCGAGAAAUGCAGGAGUGGAAUAGCACAAAAGCGGAGAAUGAAGAGUUCUGGAAGGCGCCUCGAUUUGCGCUGUGCUAUUCAGCAGAGACCAGCCGAACCCUUCGCGGUAACACUGGUCCAAACACUUCAGAUCCACACCGCAAAGGAGGAGCAGGAGAGACGCAUCACCGAUGA